AUGGCAUCUCAGCAAAACGACGAGAUGCUCCCCACUCACCAAGAUGACGCUCCCGUCACAGACAAUCCCGUUCAGAACGACACUGUCAUGCCCAACGCUACCCAAGGCGCUGCUUCUCCCGCAGAGACCGCAAUGCCUACCGCCGAGACCGCUGGUCCUUUUGUCUCUUCUUCCGAGCACCGUGGCUACAAUCACAAAGGCUACCCCAAGCCCGGCGAGAACGAUGAUCUUCCGAUGUACCCCGGCAUCAACCACAACGCCAACGAGAAUCUGGAGAACGCAUUCAAGAACAACUUCGCCGAUAUGAUGGACAUGUUCGAUGAAGGCGACAGCGAGGCUGCCGAGGCCAUAGCUACCGAACUGUUGNCACUGAGAAGUCUUCCUUGCCUCAUUCGCACCUACGCACAUAUCGUUCUUGCUUACGGACCCACGGACAAUCUUCUGCAUACUUCCAAAGCCGUUGAAGAGGCUCAGUGGGGCCUUAAAAAAUACGGCGGUCAAGGAGUUGGCAAUGAGCUGCUCUCUGUUGCCAAGCAGGCGUUUGAAGAAGUCACAAAGGCUCGCAGCGAGGCCAUCAAGGCUGGCAGCACCAAGCCAGACACUGAGAAGGGAAGGCAGAAGGGUGGCAAUGAGUUCGGCCAGACUGAGGAAAAGUAG